AUGACAGCAUCGAAUACCUUGCCCGAGAAUGCUAAUGAGGCGAACGGCGUCAAUAGUGUCCACCAAAUCAAAGCCUCCCAUCCUAAUCCGUCACUUGUAGUAACGGCCGACCACCAAGUGAAAAUAGUCGAAGCACCUAUAGAGCAGCCAGGACCAGGCGAUGUUCUACUACAUAUCAAGGCGACCGGAAUCUGCGGAUCAGACAUCCACUUCUGGAAAGCCGGCCGAAUAGGGUCUUUAGUCGUCCAGGGCGACUGCAUCCUCGGUCAUGAAGGCGCAGGCGUUGUGCUCAGGUGUGGCGAAGGCGUGACAGAUUUGAAGCCAGGUGACAGGGUCGCGGUCGAGCCUGGUGUACCAUGCGAGAAAUGCUUCCUCUGCCGUGAAGGCCGAUACAACCUCUGUGAAGACGUCGCGUUCGCUGGUGUAUAUCCAUAUGCCGGCACAAUCCAAAGAUACAAAGUGCAUCCUGCCAAGUGGCUGUACAGGAUUCCUGAUAAUAUUUCUUGGGCCGAAGCUGCUCUACUAGAACCACUAAGCGUAGUACUCCACGGUGUCAACACCGGAGGUCUGAGCCUGGGAAAGCCCGCUCUAAUCUGCGGCGCGGGACCUAUAGGUCUGAUAGCACUCGCGUCCGCACGCGCCUCCGGGGCGCACCCAAUAGUCAUCACGGAUCUUGAGCCCAAGCGACUAGCAUUCGCACGAGACUUCAUGCCCGGCUGUAUCACGUAUCAAGUCGAUCGUGCGUUGUCGUCGGAGGAAAAUGCAAAGAAUGUUAGGGGGCUUUACGGUAACAAUGAGUACUCUGCCCCUUCGACUGUCCUCGAGUGUACUGGCGUCGAAAGUAGUGUAGUACUGGCAACAUACGCGGUGCGGCGCGGUGGUGUUGUUUGUGUCAUCGGUGUCGGCAGGGAGAUCAUGAAUAACUUGCCCUUCAUGCACCUUUCUUUAGCAGAGAUCGAUCUGCGGUUCAUUAACCGAUACAGAGACACAUGGCCGGCUGGAAUCAAUUGCCUGAGUGGUGGAAUCUUGGAUCUCAAGAAGCUGGUCACGCAUGAGUACCCACUAGAACAAGCCUUAGACGCCAUGCAUCUCUGUUCAGAUGUGACCAAGGGCAGUAUCAAAGUCCAGAUCGUGGAUCAUGUUGACGCUUUGGUAGACUAG